UACAGGCUACUAGUUGGUGCUCCUUUGGAUAAAAAUCUCCAGCCUGGUACAAAUCAAACGGGUGCACUCUAUCGCUGUCCGAUUACGCAGACCCUCAACGAUUGUGAGCAAAUCAUAACCGAUGGACGAAGAUCGCCUGAAGGAGUUUAUGAACCUACAUACGACAGCGACGACAUCGAAGAACUGCAGGAGCCAUCCGACGAUGAAAUCAAGGAGGGUCAAUGGCUGGGUGUGACGGUGCGAUCGCAGGGACUCGGUGGAAAGGUACUCGUGUGCGCACAUCGUUACAUCACCAAAGUGCUGGAGAAUCGUUAUGGCCAAGGGCUGUGCUACGUAUUGACCAAUGAGUUGAGUUAUGAUGAAGUGUACGAGCCGUGUAAAGGUCGCACCGUGCAAAGAGAACACGAAGACUAUGGCUUCUGUCAGGUGGGCACUUCAGGCGCUCUACUGGAUGACAACACCAUGGUGCUGGGCUCACCUGGUCCCUUUACUUGGCGCGGCACUGUGUUCGUUACGGAAAUUGGCGGUGAAUAUCUGGAGCGCGAUAAGACAAUGUAUUACGGUGAUCAUUUGGAGAAUACAUCGCCGGUCGACAAAUACAGUUACUUAGGCAUGGCCGUUACCGGUGGUCGUUACUUUGGUGAUCAUAUGUCGUAUGCCUCGGGUGCGCCGCGCUCAAACGGGCACGGACAAGUUGUGAUCUUUAACAAAGCCAAUACGAAUCCCAUACCCGUCAAAAUGAUACUCGAAGGCGAACAAUUUGGUUCCAGUUUUGGCUAUGAACUCACCACUGCCGACAUAAAUGGCGAUUCAAAGCCAGAUCUUAUCGUUGCCGCGCCAUUCUAUUUCAACAAAUCCGAAGGCGGUGCAGUGUACAUUUACCAAAACGACAAGGACAUGUUGCCAGAGAAACCGACACUGAAGCUGACCGGCACGGUGGAAAGCCAUUUCGGACUUGCGCUCGCCAACAUUGGCGACAUCAACAAGGAUAACUGCGAGGAUCUGGCGGUGGGAGCGCCUUAUGAAGGGGACGGUGUGGUUUAUAUUUAUUUGGGUUCACGUACCGGUCUGGUUAGUAAGCCCGCGCAGCGUAUACAAGCCGCCGAUCUCGGCUUGCUGCCACAUCCGUUACUCACCUUUGGUAGUUCGAUAAGUGGUGGCACUGAUUUGGACGGUAAUUCGUACCCGGAUAUAGUUGUUGGCGCAUACAAUUCCUCGGCUGUGGUUGCGUUGCUCUCACGACCAAUCAUUAAUAUACAAACCACGGCGCGCAGCAAUGAGCUGAGGAAUAUUGAUCCCGCUAAAUCGGGUUGUCUACAUGAUGCCUCAACGAAUUUAACCUGUUUCACCUUUGAAGCUUGCUGUUCCAUCGAUCCCUACGAGCCAUCUUCCGCGAAUAAAGACUUGCGUUUAUUGUACACAGUCGAAGCAGAGACUUUUGCUGGCAAUAAGAAGUUCUCACGUGUGCUUUUCGAUCGCGAGAAUAAACGUAGCAAUGUGGUGAAGCGUGAAGUGACAGUGCGCACCAAUGGACGUAUGGCAUGUCAACAGGUGACCGGGUAUAUCAAGGAGAACACCAAAGAUAUACAGAGUCCCAUAAAGUUCCGCUUGAAUUAUACGAUUGUGGAGCCAAGACUGCCGCGUUCGGGUUUGGAACUAUUAAAUCCGAUUUUGGAUCAAACGCAGGCGUUUGUUGAGUUCGAAGGCACAUUCCAAAAGGAUUGCGGCGAUGAUGAUAUUUGCGAAAGUAAUCUGAUAUUGAAUGCCGAACUAGACUUGAAUAUGGAGGAUGAUAAUUACGCUUUGAUACUGGGCGAGAAGGAUGAGAUGCGUGUGAAUGUGAAUGUAUUGAACAAAGCCGAUUCAGCAUACGAGACACAGUUGUUUGUGGUGCAUCAGAAGAGUGUCUCGUAUAUUGCAGCUAAAAAAACGAACUCUGUGAUCUGCAAUCGCUUCAAUGACACUGUGGUCGCCUGUAGCCUGGGCAAUCCUAUGCGCCGAAAUUCAGCUGUUUAUGUCUCACUGCGAUUCGAUCCCAGCGGUUUGGAGGUGAACGAACGCAAGCUAAGUUUUCACGUCUUUGCCAACACAACGUCCCGCCUUAUUGGAGACGUGAAACCCGAAACUGAGCUGGAAGUGCGCGUGGUGAAACGGGCUGAACUGAGUUUGCAAGGUUGGGCCAAGCCCGAACAAAGUUUUUACAGUGGCGAGGUGAAAAAAGACAGCAAAGUAAUGCAAAUGGAGGACGUCGGCUCGCCACUGAUGCACACGUACCAGAUAUACAACGAUGGCCCCUGGAAGGCGCCAAAGGUCGUACUCACCAUAUAUUGGCCGCAUCAGUUGACCAGCGAGAAGAGCAAAAAAGACAAAUGGCUGCUCUACAUCGAAGCCAUGCCUAUUGUGGAGAACGUAGAGCUGAGCGAAUGUUUUGUCGCACCGGAACAUGUGAAUCCGCUCAAGCUCGCCUCAAAAACCAAAUCCAACGAGCUAUUCGACACACUGCUAAUGGCACCAGCACCCUAUAUGAUGCGACCCACCAACAAGACGCAAUACAUAAGCCGCUACAGCACUUACAAUGAGAAAAGUAUGUACACAAAGCAAAAAGCCACACAGCGGCCGGGCCUACACGACGAUGAGGACGAUGAUGACAGCCAGGAGCGUUACUUGAAUCGCGUACGGCGCAACACAUUCGAACGUAUCAUACGACCUGAACGUUUCAUGGACCUUGGCGGCGAGCAUACAAACCGCAAGCGGGACAUUGUGGAGUUGGACUGCAAUAAAGCGACGGCGUCUUGUAUAAAAAUUCAAUGCGACAUCUACAAUAUGCCCGCCAAGACGGAAGCGUAUGUUCAUAUAAGAGCGCGUCUGUGGAACUCCACGCUAGUUUCGGAGUAUCCACGCGCCGAUUUGGUGCGCAUUAUGUCGAGAGCGCAAGUCAAAAUUCCGCUCGAGUACUCGGUGGAGCAAACGGAAGCGCACAUACUGGUGGAGACACGCGCCUAUCCCGAAUUGCUUGAUCAGCAACGCGAGCAACCCACAUCCAUAUGGAUCUACAUUGUUGCCAUCAUUUGCGGUCUGAUCGUGCUGGCUGUGGUCGUGCUCGUACUAUGGCACAUCGGCUUCUUCAAGCGACGACGACCCGAUCCAACGCUAAGCGGCAACUUGGUAAAGAAGAGCGAAGAGAAGCCAUUCCUCAAUGAUGCGACGAGUAAUGGUCGUGGCUUCUAACAAGAGGGGACUGUCGGGUGGGAUCUCGCGCAACGGGCGCCGCCUAAAGCGCAACGGACUUGCUGUCUAACACAAAGCACGGAACCUGCAAUUAUUGCGAACGCCGCCACUGCUGCCAACAACAAUAGCAUUUACUGCAACAAUAACAAUAGUGCCAUCGACAACAACUACAACUACAACUGCAACACAAAUGGCUAUGGCAGUGAAAGCUAUAAGCACACUUGGAGCAGUAGUGGUCACACAGAUGCAGCCGUCAUUGAUUGGGGGUCGCAUUGGUAAAAGGCGCGAUUGUUGGCGACGAUAUCGUCGCGAGGAAGUCGGAGUUGGUUAAGUUGCAAAUUGAGGUGUCGCGCUUUACAUAUAAAAUAUUUUUUUUCUUGGGUGGUAAAUGUCUGUGCCAUUUUACUUAACGUAGGCAUAGAAUAAAUUGCAUUGCAGGAUUCUUAAGGGGAGAUUCAUAAGUAAAUAUAAAACUAGUAACUAUAUAAAAAUGCUGCUUUUCGCCGAUUGGCAAGUGGGCAAGCAGCAAGUGGCAGUAAAAUUGGCAUUCAAUGCGCAACAAAAAAAUUGUUUAUACUUAGUUGUAAGAUUUCAAACCUUGUUUGCGUAAGAUGUAAAUUUGUAGGAAUCUGUGAAGGUGAUUUGUUUUUGUUGAGACUCGCUUGGUGUGAAUAGUUGAAAAUUUAAGCAACUCUAUUUGUUAUUUUUGUUAAUUUUUAUUUUUUAUCUUUUUUUUUAUUUUUUUUUUUUUGUUUUUUUUUUAAUUUUUUUUUGUUUUUUAUGUACGGCACAGUGAUUAGAUUAGAUUUGGGUUGGACAAGUCCAAGCACUCAGUCAGUAGUCCAUUGUACUACACCCGGAUAGAUAUCAGUAGAAAGAAUAGAGAUAGAAAAGAUAAAAAGUGGAUGGUAAAAACGGAUAAACUAGUUUGAGGUCACUCUUCCACAAAUCUCUGGGAUUCAUUGAUGAAUUUUAAGAGAUCCGGAAGAGAAAGAGUAUGAACUUUGUCCAUACUCAGUAUAUCGCAACCCUAUAUCCCAACUCUGAUUCUGGAAAACACCGGACAGCUACAGAGAAAAUGCUCUGCAGUGUCGUCAUUCACAAGACAGGAUAGGCACAUCGGGCUGUCGAUGAUCCUCUUGGUAGCCAUAUGCUGACCACAGACGUUGUGCCCUGUGAUUACACCCACCCAUUACACUCUCAGGUCCUUUCUGCUGAGUUUUAGAAGAAAGGUCGCUGUUUUCCUGUUUGGUUCUUUCACAAAGCACUUGGCUACUCUGCAUGAGUUGAACCCAGACCAACGUCCUCUAUGGUUAACCAACCAGACCUCAUGAAGUCGUCAAUCCAUAGUUGAAUCUAUGCAGAAUUGACACCAAGAAAGGGUUCAGCGCCUAGUGGCAUACUUGCAGAGCCUUCACUAGCCAGUUUAUCAGCUAACUCGUUUCCUGUAAUACCACAAUGUCCAGGCACCCAAAUAAGACUAACUUUGUUGUCUUUUGCAACACUGUUCAGUUUUGUCUUACACCGACUAACUUCGAAGAGCAGCCAGGGUUAGCAAGGUCUCUCAGUGCAUCUUGACUGUCCCUGCAAAAUCCAAUACUGCUAAACCGCCGUAAUUUUUCUCAAUUAUUCAGUAUGCCACGUUCAAGAUGACAUAGACUUCUGUAAAGAAUACCGUGGCCAUCUGUCCUGUGGCAUAGGAGUGCUUAGUGCCUUCGUCUAAGUACCAUCCAGAUCCGCUAUCAUCAUUGAUUUUGAAUCCUUCGGUGUAGAAAGUGUGCUGAUAUCCCGCUAAUAGGUUAUCUGUGCUUAGCCGUUGACCUCUAUCUGAAAUCAAAACAUCAUACUUCCUACAGAAGCUAUCGAAAGCCACCCGUUUGUCCAUUGGCAUCGAGAAUAGUGUGCAGAGCUCCGACAACUGGUGGUAUAUCUGACAGUGGCCAGUGCUUUCUUCAUUUCCCCAGACUCCGUUUAACUUGAGUAUGUACGCCGCCUUCAUUGCUUCCUUUCGAAUUUGAAGAUCUAGAGGUGACUGGUUCAGAAUGGCAUUAAGGGCAUCACCAGAUGUCGGUCUCAUAGCACCUGUGAUAGCCAAGCACACACUUCUCUGUAGCCUGUUUAGGGGUUUUACUCUGGAAUUAACCAACCUUCAUUCGCACACAAUACACUCGCGAUAAUAUGAAGAAAAGAUUACUUGAAAAGAUUGAUUGAAAUUGCUUCGCUACUUCCCAGUUUUCAUUUUUGCUCUCGCCGCUACUCUGAACUUGAACAAAUGAGUAGUGGAGCAGAUAGCGCAAAACGCGCGAUCAUUUGUUAAAUACAAACAUUUGUAGAAGGUUUAGGUGUUCAAACUUCCCUCUCGAUUGCAUCGGAAUACUUCGAUACUAGGCUCAUUUGGGUUACCGGUCAUAGCGGCGUAGAAGAAAACUGCUGGGCUGAUGAGCUGGCUAGACAAGGAACUCUUGAGGUGACUUCAUCGCAAUGUGAGAGGAAUGGAGUUCCCUUAAGAACCUGUGGUCAACUACUGGAAAGAUGGGCCUUGCGUCAACUCAGCCAGCGCUGGGCUAGUGCGCAAUGGUGCAAAGUCGCGAGGUUCUUGUGGCCGCGGGUAAAUCGGGGGCGUUCGAGAUAACUUCUAAAGCUAACAAAGACGCUGCUAUCGAUUUUGGUUGGUAUCCUCAGCGGAUGGGCACGGUCUGGUGUCCAUGCGGUGAGGCUUGGCAUUGCGUCAAGCCCUUUCUGCACAAGCUGUCUGGACGAUUAUUUUAGGUUUUUGUAUUAAUUUUUUUUAGUUUAUUUUGAUUUAAUUCUUUUUUAAUUUUUUUAAUUUACGAGUAUUUAUUUUUUAUUUUAUCAAUUAUUUUUCAUUCUCAAAUUAUUUGUUGGUAAAUAAAAUAAUGGCCGCCGUAGCCGAAUGGGUUGGUGCGUGACUACCAUUCGCAAUUCACAGAGAGAACGUCGGUUCGAAUCUCGGUGAAAGACCAAAAUGAAGAAAAAGUUUUUUCUAAUAGCGGUCGGCCCUCGGUUGGCAAUGGCAAACCUCUGAGUGUAUUUCUGCCAUGAAAAAGCUGUUCAUAAAAAUAUCUGCCAUUCGGAGUCGGCUUGAAACUGUAGGUCCCUCCAUUUGUGGAAGAACAUCAAGACGCACACCACAAAUAGCAGGAGGAGCUCGGCCAAACACACAAAAAGGGUGUAUAUACCUAUAUAUAAAUAAAAUAAUGCCAAUUAUUUUCUUAAUUUUUUUUAUUUUAUAUUAUUAUUAUUAUUUUUCUUUAUUUUAAUUUAAUUUUUUUUAUUUUU